UUGACCUAUCAGAGGCCAGAUCUGUCAGUAAAGUCAGGCUAAUCGCUCAUGGGCGAUACAGGAAAUUUAGUCUUUUUUUACACCAGAACAGUGAAGCUGAAGGCAGAAGAGUUUAAAAACAAGAUUUGCCCAUUUGAAAAGAGAUACCACAGUACAGCGCUCUUGUGAAGUAAUUUCCACGUUAUGCAAUAUUCUGUAAAUAAGUGUGAAACUGUGAGAUAGACACCACAAGAGAAGUUAUAUGAUUGAAGGGCUUCAUGUUGCAUUACAGAAUGGAAAGCUGUGUUAUUUCUCCUUUGUCUGAAGAAAUCAUUCCGUACGACCAUGACCCCCGGCCGAUAUAUGACUUCUACCCGUAUCUCAGUACUGACCCGGAGACUCAUCCCGAAAGUGGCUGGGACUACACAAGUGUUCACGCUCAUCACAGUGAGUUUGAGCCGCCUCAAGGAAACCAUUUCACCGAGCUUCAUCCCACCACAUACCGCUAUGGAGACGUGGAGUCCUUCCACCCGUCUGUGGAUGCAGGGAUGGGAACACUUCUACCUGUGAUUCCUCCACAGGUUAGUGUCAUAAUGUAUACGUACGUCCCCCACGCGCUGUACCCGCGGUCCCCGCUCCCCCACUGCAGUACUGAUGAGGAGGACCCCGGGGGACGCAGUCCACCCUUUGAGGUGUCCGAAGGAGAGGAGGACCACGACGGACACCCGUGCACCUCCAGCACUCUCUCAGGAAACAAACGGAAAGUGCGUCUCUAUCAGUUCCUCCUGGACCUCCUGCAGGACGGAGACAUGCGGGACUGCAUCUGGUGGGUGGACCGAGAGCGAGGCAUCUUUCAGUUCUCCUCCAAACACAAGGAGACACUCGCCGGGCGCUGGGGUCAGCAGAAGGGCAACCGCAAGAGAAUGACCUACCAGAAGAUGGCCAGGGCUCUGCGCAACUACGGCAAGACCGGCGAGGUCAAAAAGGUCAAGAAGAAACUCACGUACCAGUUCAGCGGCGACGUGAUGAGGAGGAUGACUGUGGACAGGAGGCAGUAUCACCACUGACACUCUGGACACCGAACAUUUCCUAUACAUCCAGUGUCUCUUAUACCUACAACUUCAUUAUUCUCAAAUUCUCUCCUGUCACUGUUCUGCAGUCAAACUAAGUUUGUAAUCUCAGGGAUAUGUCAAAUGUAUAAGGAAUAAAGGGAUGUGUAAUAUUUGGGUAUAGCUGACCAAUGGACAAAUGACGUUAUUUUUCAACAUUUUUUAGCUUAAAGUUUAUAUAUUUGUAUAAGGGAACGAGUUCAUGCUUGCAGGUUUUGAUGCUGUAACCGGUCACUGUUUUUUCCCCUUAAACCUCUUUAAAUCAG